AUGGUCGUGAAAGCGUCGGGGAUGAACCGCGAAGUGGGAGAUCGGUUGAAGCUCGAACUGACAACAAUGUUCAGCGUGUGCGCACUCUCGUGCAUCAAGAUCGGCGUUNAAAGCUGUGUGCAAAGAUGGUACCUUCAUCAUGACAAUGCUCCAUGCCAUCGUGCCUUCAGUGUGUCGCGACUUUUGACCUCUAAGAACAUCGCAGUGUUGCCACAAGCGCCCUAUUCGCCGGAUAUGUCACCCUGCGACUUCUUUUUGUUCCCUCAAACAAAAUUGGCCGUGAAAGGAACGCAUUUUGAGUCCAUAACUGACAUCCAGAACGCCGUGACGAGGGUACUUCAGGACAUUCCAGUCGAAGCCUUCCAGAAAUGUUAUGAGAGCUGGAAAAAACGUUGGAACCAGUGUAUAGGGGUGGGAGGGGAGUUCUUUGAAGUGGAUCACAUCGAUGUAUCCUAA